GUCAACAAUUGAAACAGUAAUUUUCUACUUUUCAGGGGGAAUAGUCUCACUCACUCCCGACUUCAAAAGCCUUCCAUAGCUUGAAAUUCCGAAACUUUUCCAACCCGGCAAAUCCGCUUGCAACGGUAUGUCACAUUUUCCAUGGAAUCGAACAGUUAUACUACUACUACUAGCGGUUCUCCCUCUUUUUCUUCCCAUUAUUAUUACAAAAUCCAAACUAAAGGAAAUCAGUUUCGCUCGAUCUGAUCAAGAACAAUAUCCCAUGGCCAUUGAAAUAUGUGGAGUGAAGAUUGAGAGGAAUCCUCCCCAGUCCAGACUCGCUGAACUUGGUGUUACGGCAUGGCGCACGUGGGAAGGCGGUCCAAGCAAAUUUCCAUGGGAAUUCACUGCCACAGAGACUAUGUAUCUGCUGGAGGGGAAAAUCAAGGUUUAUGUUGAUGGACAUGACGAAUCGUUUGAAAUUGGUGCUGGCGAUUUGGUCGUGUUCACUAAAGGAAUGAAGGUUACUUGGGAUGUUACUGAAGCCGUGAAGAAGCACUAUAGCUUGGAAAAGUAAUGCAUCUAUUUUUUUUUUUUUUGGCAUAGGAAAAGUAAUGCGUCUAUCUAAACCUUCAAGCAAUGUUGCUUUAGAAUGUCUUUUGUGGACCGGAUAUUACGGUGCCAAGAUAGUUUUUUCUACUCAAGGUUUCAAAUCAAUAACUGGAUGUGUUGGAUAUUAAAAUGUUUCCAUUUAUUGUCA